AUGGCAGCCCUUUCUUACGAACCACUUGAUGAACUCAGACGGGAGAUCCGGCUCGCAAAGCUGUUCCCCAAGGAAACUUCGCCAGAGAUUUGUCUUUCUCUGAGCAAAGCUUCAUUGAACGAUGAUUUGGAGUUCGCAGCUCUCUCAUACACCUGGGGCGAUGCAAACGACACAUUGCUCAUCACAAUCGGUGGUUGUUCCUUUCAGGCUACUAGGAAUCUCAUCGCUGCACUACAUCGCCUUCAGGAAGACCAAAAAACGGUCACACUUUGGAUAGAUGCCAUCUGUAUCCAACAGUCCAACAACGAUGAAAAGUCGUGGCAGAUCCAGUUGAUGAAGGAUAUUUACGAAAAGGCCACCACUACGGUGCUCUAUGAUGCAGCGUCAAGGCAGGAUCUGUUGACGAUAGCGACCAAUAACCCCGUUGGAUGGCCGGGAAAUGUAGCGGGCUUAGGACAUGGUGCUACGAGGAUGUUCCAGCAGCGAGAACGUUAUCGAUCAUCAAAGCCGGGCACGCCGGGGCAACCGUUGCUGGAUCUCCUCAUUCUCGCCUUCAGUCACGAUGCGACUGACGCCUCACUCUGCUCGACUGACCCUCGAGAUCGUGUAUUCGGUCUCCUAAACCUGGCAAGCGAUGCCAACGAGCUUGGAAUACGUCCUAAUUAUGACAAGUCCUGCGAGGAUGUAUUCCUUGAGACAUGGGCCGCUAUUCUUGCUAAGGGCCAGGCGGUUCUACUUGUCUAUCCGCAGUAUGGAUUGCCAUACACAGCCUCCCCCAUCGAUCCUCAGUCGCAUGGGUUGCUGUAUCCAGAGUAUGGCCGACCACGCCCAAGGCCAAAAUCUCCCACUGGCACAGAGCUGCUAUCAUGGGUGCCAGAUUGGCGCGUAACUCGGGAUCCCUCGCAAGCGAAUGCCAACAUUGACAGGCCCUUUAGCGUGUGUAGUAGCAAGACCACUACACAAUGGGUACCUUGUAGUAACAUUCGAACGAUAGCGCUCAGGGGUGUUGAAGUUGGCAUGGUUGGUAAAGUAGGCACCACACUCGCACCGAUGGGAGACUACCUUCAACAGGGCUUCAAACCCGCAAGCAUCUUCUUCACCGAGAUCGCGCUAUUCAUCCAGGAAUCGUUCUCAGCUCACCCCGACAACCCUGUCUACCCUGCUGGAGAAGUCGCGGCGAGCCUGUGGCGGAUUCCCAUGGGAGAUCAAGAGGCAAUCUCGCCCACUAGUUCGCAAUGGCGUAGAGCUACUAUCGUGAGCGGAGAGCGAUUUGUGUCAGUGUUGGAGGUUAUCAAGGCCUUCGACAGCGGCAUACAGUUAGGGGCCCCCACAUCAGCAUUGCAGGUUUCCAUGACUGUGCUACAGAACAUGGGCAAGUUUAACCUUUAUUUGGCCCCGGUCAUGAUGCAAGCAGGACGGAAGCCGUUUCUCACAGCGCGUGGGUACGUUGGACUUGGUCCUGCUGCCAUGGAAUCCGGAGAUGUCAUCGUAAUUCUUUACGGUGCUCACGUACCGUUCGUGCUUCGGCCAAAAGGACAAGAGUUUCAGCUACUGGGAGAGGCAUAA